AGAGCCUUUGUUGGCAGUUUUCUCUGGUAAAUAAGAAGAAACCGCUAGGUAGAGCGAGGUUUGUCCCUGAAUGAGAAAAGCAACAUUGUUGCAUCUAACAAAGUCGGUUUUCUGUGCCUAAUUAUAUGUGAUAGAGAUGAACGGAAUACGUUAAACCAGUACUCAAAAGCAGCGACGGCGUUUAUAAUUUCAAAUCGCUGGGACCUCAGACUAGUAAAGUAAUGGAAAAACAACCGAGAAUAUUGGUGUCUCAGUUUAUGUUGAAAAAUAGGGUUUUCGAAGUCACCUUAAAUCGUCUAUUUUUGACAUGGAAAGAGCUGAAUGCUAGGAAAAAAAGAGUCUCAGGGAGCAUUCAUAAUACCUUCAAAGUCGGUUUCUGCCUGGCAAAGGUGCUACACAGAACGAGAGGAGUUACAUCAGGUAGCCAUUGUGUGCCUGUAUCUGAAAUUAUUGCUGUUCAAGAAACUGAAGUUGACAACAUUCAAACCAAAGAUGAAGGAAAAUGGCAGAAGAUGUCGCAGAAAACAGUGGAAACAUAUCCAUAUGCUUUUACAGUAUUUUAUGUGGAAAGGGCCAGGCAACACCGCUGGCGGUGUGGCAAUGUGACAUUCUUCUGCAGUGAUGGGUUACUCCGACAGCAGUGGGUCCAAGCUAUAAAGGAACAACUUUCGUUACAAACUUGUAGACCAAAGCACUUGCUUGUAUAUAUUAAUCCCUAUGGAGGCAAACAACAAGGAAAGCAGAUUUAUGAACAGAAGGUGGUUCAGCUCUUCACUCUUGCUUCCAUUUCUACAGAUGUGAUUGUUACAGAACGUGCUAAUCAUGCCAGGGACCAUUUGAAAACUGAAGCUGACCUCAAGAAAUAUGAUGGCAUUGUUUGUGUUGGAGGUGACGGUAUGUUCAGCGAGGUCAUUCAUGGUUUAAUUUCACGGACGCAGACUGAUUCAGGAGUGGACCAAAACUGUGCCCAUGAAAAACUGGUGCAGUGCAACCUCAGGGUUGGCAUUAUUCCAGCAGGCUCAACAGACUGCAUUUGCUAUGCAACGAUUGGCAUUAAUGACCCAGUGACUUCAGCCUUACAUAUUAUUGUGGGUGAUUCUCAGGCCUUGGAUGUCUGUUCAGUGCACCAUAAUGACACAUUUCUGAAGUACUCAGUAUCCCUACUAGGAUAUGGGUUUUAUGGAGAUAUACUGGCUGACAGUGAAAAGAAACGAUGGAUGGGUCCAGCUAGAUACGAUUUUUCAGGUAUCAAGACAUUUCUAUCUCAUCACUACUAUGAAGGAACAGUAUCCUUUCAACCAGCCACUGAUAUCUUGGGAAACCCAAGAGACAAAACCAAGUGCAGAUCAGGGUGUUAUGUCUGCCAGCAUAAUGGACAACUGUUCUCUGAAGAAAUACGGGAUGAAAGUGUUGAGGGGGGUGUUAGUGAAAAUGAAGAUGAAAGAGAAUGGAAAGUUGUCAAGGGGAAGUUUCUUGCCAUCAAUGCUGCCAGUAUGAGCUGUGCUUGUCCACGCAGCCCAAAAGGUCUUUCCCCGGCAGCACACCUAGCAGAUGGGACAACAGACAUCAUACUUGUCCGCAAAUGUUCCAGACUGAACUUCCUUCGACACCUCCUUCGACAUACCAGUAAAGAUGAUCAGUUUGACCUUACCUUCAUUGAAGUACACAGAGUCAGAAAAUUCAAGUUCACACCAAAAUACUGUGAGAGUGAAGACACUGAUGUGAAGGAUGUGAGAAAGAAGCUCUUUAGCCAGAUCUGCAGGGACCACCCAGCAUGUAGCUGUACUUCAGUUAAUAGCAACUGGAAUUGUGAUGGAGAAAUUUUGGAUCAUGCUGCAGUCGAAGUGGGAGUUCACUGCCAACUGAUAAAGCUUUUUGCAAGAGGAAUUGAGGAGAAAGCUGGAGUUUAAAAUCUUCUGUUGUUCCCGUGCAGUUAAGCCGAAUCAAUAAACAAGUGACUUAAGCGGUCUCUUCAAAUUACGUUUUGUGAUAAAAUGUAACUUGAACAUUCACCCGUAAAUACACAAAUCAGUGGUACAGUGUACUGUACAAAUAAAAAUAAAAGGUAUGGUUGUAGCUAUUACCUUAUUAAAAACAACAGAGGAAAACAAAAAUAAAAUAGUUAUGGUGCAUUAUUGGUGCUUAAUCUUCUGCCAAUAAAUUAACUGAAAUUUCACUUAACAUUUUAAAACAUUUGAUUUUGUUGAUUUUGAAAUGAACACGGGCAGUCUAGUAAGGAAUCGGACAUCUAAAAGCCUGGUCAUAUAUGGAAAACUCCAGAAAACCAUUAUAUAUGUUUUAAGGGGUAGUGUUAUUCAUUUAUUAUAUUACUUCUGGUAUACCAAAAAUAUCAUAAGUAUACUUUUGCAGCAACAACUUCACUCUUUAGAUAAUUGCUUUUAGCUAACCAUUUUUUCUUAGCUUUAAAGCAAAGAUCUGUAUGACGAAAUCAUCAUUCAAGUUUAAAUAUUAGGUGCCUCUAUAUCUGUUUUUUUACAUAGUAUGUUUAUCAGUGACAGUUUCAGGAAAUUAAACAUCAGAGCUUCUAGUAUAGGGAUGUUUAUAGCAUUAAAGAAAAAGCAAACCCAAGUCUUAACUUCUGGUUGAAACUUCAUUUUUGUUUUCUAACAUAGUAUUAUGUCUUGCAACAUAUCAAUGCAAAAUGUAGAAUAACAUUCCAAGUACAGAAACAUUGAUAAUUCUGUUCUUAUAAAAAAUAUAAUUGGGGUUAUAGUUGUUUCACAUUACUGUAGUACAUUUCUUUAAUUGUUUUUCUGUAGAGAACAGUAACUGAUUUUAAGACAUGAUUUUAGUAUAGUAAAUAAAGCAUACUAAUGCACAUGAAAUAGAUAUAUAUUUUAAAUGCAAAAAUAUAUUUAUUAAGCAAAUCACUGUUGGAAAAUUGGGCAUUUAUUAGGCUUAGUGUAUAUUCACUAUGUGAAUAGUUUUCUAGCUGUACUUUGGUUGCACCUAAACAACUGCUGUUUAUGCUAUAACUCCACAAAGACUAAUUUGACUUCACACUGUUUGGUCUUAUGUUAUUAUCAAGUGUUUUAUAGUUUGUCACAUUUUCUUUGUCUGUUUUAACUAGAGUAUUUCAGGCCCAUGUUGUAUCUAGCACUUGUGCUGCCAUGUAAACUGCCGUAAGUAGUUUUAUUUAUAAUAAGUAUGUUUAUUUUCUUUUUAUUUCGUUUUUUAUUUCUGUCUUGUAACCAUGGUAAUGCUACUGAACUUGACAAGCGAUUGUGUGCAGAAAUGACUUUUUAGGUGAGUCUUAACUCUCAAACCAUUGUAUUGAGACCAUAAAUUCUUAUUUAAAUUAAAUUACCAUAUAUUUUGUCAUAGGAAAAGGCAGAUUUAUAUGUUUAUAUGCCUAUACUUGGAGACUAGAAUUUUGCUGUUUCAUUUGAAAGUGAGAUUUUUUUCAGAUAUAUUUCCAUCUACAAAGAACCCCAUAUUCUGUAUGGAUAAUGCUAAAUUAGUCAAAGUUGAUAGUAUAUUAAUUUUUCUUCCGAAAGUCUUUGGUAAUUCAAGAUUUUUCUACACCUACUUCAGUCUGCAGAUAGCAUGACUCUGUGCCCCAUAUUACUUAUGUAUAUCAUUCUAAUACCAAAAGUUGUCUGUCACGCUCUAGCUGUAGGGCAUCAUUGAACAUGUGCUACAUGUGCUGCCUCACUGCCUGAAGGGUAAAUUUGAUGCAUUAAACAUUCACUCUGCUUCUGUAAAUGGUGUGUAUUUAAAUCUAUUUUUAAUUUAAUGGCUCUAAAAAACUGUACUAUUUAUUAUUGAAUCCUUACACUAUUAUUUGUUUAUUUGAUGAAAAUGGUGUACAAUACUAUGUAUUGUAAGUGUUAAGAGUUUUGUGCAAACGUCCAUCAAAAGAUAUAGAAAGUGUAUAUAUACUGUAUGUCAUAUCUUUUAGCAGUACCCCACCAGUUUCUGUACGAUAACACAGACAGAAGUCUGCGGUAUAUUUCUGCCAUGCAUUAUACCUUCUUUCUACAAAUAUGAGGCUUAUUUAAGAAAAGCUCAAUUUCCAAGUAAAACAAAGCAGCAGAAUAUUGCACAUGCAACAUACAAUAAUUCAGUAGAAACACCUAAAAAGUCAAUUCUGCUGUUUGUCAAAUAUCCAGCAAUGCUGGGCUCUUUAUUUAAGUGAAAGCACUCUGCUUUUUAGUUUAUAGAAUAGAGGUUGUGCAAACAUCUCUUUUGUUCGUUAAAGGCAACUUAAUUGGUUAAGUCAAGACAAUUUUAAGAUUCCUUUAUGAUCUUGCAGGCUUCAAGACAACAUGAUGGAUAGUGAUCCAUAAAGUUAACUAUGUAUUUGAGUUUUGUGAUUCAUUGGGGAAAAAAUAAAAAAACUCAGAAAUGGAAAA